AUGAAGAUUUUUUAUCUGCUCUUUUCUCUCCUCUUCUUGACACUCCAGGUUUCUCCAGGUUUGUCUUCACCCCGGAGGGAAAUGUUUCUCUGUAGAAAAGGGACCUGUCACUGGGGAAGAUGCCCCACCCAUCUGGUUAAAGUUGGAAGUUGCUUUGGGUUCCGCUCCUGCUGUAAAUGGCCGUGGGAUGUACAACGCUUCAGUGAACCAAACAUUGAAGAGCAAUGAAAAUUUCUUCUAAAUCCAGGAAUUUACUUGGAAUCUUCUUACUGCUAAAACCACUGGAUCCUGCUGCAAAGCCUCACAUACCUUUCGCUUCCAAUGAA